AUGGGCGCGGUGGACCGGCCGGAGCCGGCGCAGCGGAGCGCGCCGAUGCGGCUGUGCGUGCACGUGCUGGAGGCGCGGGGGCUGUCGGCCAUCUACCUCAACGGCACCAGCGACCCCUACGUGCGGGUGCAGCUCGGGAGGCGCAGGGCCAAGACCACGGUGGUCAAGCGGAGCCUCAGCCCCUCGUGGGACGAGGCGUUCGGCUUCCUCGUCGCCAGCGUCGCCGAGGAGCUCGUCGUCUCCGUGCUCAACGAGGACAGGUACUUCAGCACCGACUUCCUCGGCCGGGUCAGGGUGCCGCUCUCCGCCAUCCUCGAGACGGAGGACCAUUCCCUCGGCACCGCGUGGUACCAGCUGCAGCCCAAGAGCGGCAAGUCCAGGAGGAAAAAGCGCGUCUCAGGUGAAAUUUGCCUGAAGAUAUACUUAUCGGUUAGGGAAGGCCAUUUCAAUGAAUCACAAAACAUUCUCAUGCAACUUAUCGACGAAACGCCGUGCAGCUCAACUAGGUCACUUGAAACUAAGGCCUCAUCCUUAUCAGCAGCUACUAGCAGCCUGGAUCUAUCAGCCUGUGCCAGCAUGGACCAUGCGCUAUACCGUAGCGGCGUGGAUCAGUUGCCCGGAAGCAUCACGGACCAAAAAGAUACUAGCAGCAUAGAGCGCCUACCCUGUGGCACCACACAACAAUCUGUUCUUCUGGAACCUGAAGAAGAUGAGGGCGAUGCUACUGCGUCAUCAGUAGUGGAGGUCUGGUCUCGAUACUUCCGGAAAGGUGCAGAUAAUGCAACUUGUAUCGCAACGGAUGCUGACUCCAUGGAACAGUUUCAAGAAACAGAAAUAGUGAAUUCUGAAUCUUGUGAAAACGGCACACAUGAAGUUAAUCUUGAUGAACUACUAAAAACUAUGGAGUCUAAAGAUCAAGGUUGUGGAAUGCCAGGAAACCUGCCUGGUGGUAUUCUAGUGGAGCAAUCUUACAUUAUUAAACCAGCUGAAUUGAAUGCCAUGCUGUUUUCAGCAAAUUCAGAUUUCUGGCCAGCAGUUGCAGAAGUUCAAGGGCUAAGUGGGCUUCAUACUGAUCCCUGGAAACAUGAGAAUAAUGAGAGUUCUUUGAAAAGAACAUUAACUUACACAAAAGCUGCAACUAAAUUAGUUAAGUCUGUGAAAGCUACGGAAGAGCAGACUUACUUGAAGGCAGCUGGAAAUUCGUUUGCGGUUCUUUCUAGUGUUAGCACUCCUGAUGUUCCCUGUGGUAAUUGUUUCAAGGUAGAAAUAAUGUACUGUAUAAUACCAGGUCCUCAAUUGCCAUCUGAAGAACAAACCUCACAGCUUACUAUAAGUUGGCGUCUGAACUUUGUUCAGAGUACAAUGUUGAAAGGAAUGAUCGAGAAUGGGGCAAAACAAGGCCUCAAAGAAGGAUAUGCACAGUUUACUGAAGUACUUUCCCAGAAAAUUAAAGUAGCUGAGCUCAGUGACGCUAACUCGAGCAAAGACAAGAUUCUAGCUUCACUACAGACUCAUGAACAAUCAAACUGGAAGCUGGUUGCUCGCUUCCUUGGGAGCUUUGCAUUCAUUUUCUCAGUUACUGUUGCAAUGUAUGGCAUUGCACAUCUUCGUCUAGCCAAGCCCAGUAAUAUGGUGCAUGGAGGGCUUGAAUAUUUUGGUAUUGAUCUUCCAGAUUCAGUUGGGGAGGUUGUGUUUUGUGCUAUUUUGAUCCUUCAGGGACAGAAUAUCUUCAAAGUAGGUCGACGCUUUUUGCAUGCCUGGAAGAAACGUGGCAGCGAUCAUGGUGUCAAAGCUCAUGGUGAUGGUUGGUUGCUGACUGUUGCACUUAUCGAAGGAAGCGGCAUAGUAGGCGCAGGCACACCUGGCUUGCCUGAUCCUUUUGUAGUUUUUAUGUGCAACGGAAAGAAGAAAACCAGCUCAGUAAAAUUCCAGGCGUCAGAACCGAAAUGGAAUGAGAUAUUUGAAUUCGAUGCAAUGGAUGACCCCCCAUCAAGGUUGGACGUGGCUCUGCAUAAUUCGGAUGGCCCACUCAAUGAAAAUACAAUUGGUCGCACAGAAAUAAAUUUUGUGAAAAAUAAUUUGUCGGAUUUGGGUGACAUGUGGCUUCCUCUAGAUGGAAGGUUUGCCCAAGGUUCUGAGCCCAAGUUACACUUAAGAAUUUUCUUGAACAACUCCCGGGGGUCUGAAGUUGUUAUGAACUAUCUGGAUAAGAUGGGGAAAGAAGUUGGUAAGAAGAUGCACUUGCGGUCCUCUCAGACGAAUUCAUCAUUCCGUAAGCUCUUCAGCCUUCCUCCGGAAGAAUUUCUUAUCGACGAUUUCACCUGCCACUUAAAAAGGAAAAUGCCACUUCAGGGGCGUCUCUUUCUUUCCCCAAGAAUAACUGGGUUUUAUUCAAACAUAUUUGGGCGCAAAACAAAGUUUUUCUUUCUUUGGGACGAUAUUGAUGAUAUCCAGGUUGUUCCGCCGUCUCUAUCAACAGUUGGCAGUCCAUCCUUGAUGAUCAUCCUACGGAAGGACAGAGGUCUAGAAGCCAGACAUGGUGCCAAAACACAGGAUCCUCAAGGAAGACUGAAGUUCCAUUUCCAAACAUUUGUUUCAUUCAACGAUGCUCACAGAAUUAUUAUGGCACUUUGGAAACAAAAGGGAGAGAUGAUCGACAAAGAACCUGAACCGAAACAGCUCCCAUGUGAAGAAAGUUCUUUGUUGGCCAACGAAGACGUAAAAAUGUCAGAAGUCUACUCGGCUGUUCUUUCUGUUGAUGUCAGUGCCUUGAUGGAGAUGUUUUCCGGGGGUCCAUUGGAACAUAAGGUGAUGCAGAAAGCUGGUUGUGUCGACUACUCACCAACAGAAUGGGAGCCGGUAAACAAAAACAUAUACCAACGGCAGAUCAGCUUUAAGUUUGAUAAAAGUUCGUCAAAAUAUGGAGGAGAAGCAACGACCACGCAACAAAAGUAUAACUUACAGAAUCGAGAUGGGUGGGUCCUUGAGGAGGUGAUGACCCUGCAAGGCGUUGUGCAUGAAGACUACUCGAGUAUCCAGCUCAAGUACCAUAUGAUGAGCACUUCCUUGAAACCAAAUUCCUGCAGCAUUCAGGUAAUGUUAGGGAUUGUCUGGUUGAAGGGCACUAAGCACCAGAAGAAGGCUUCAAAGAAUGUCAUGUCGAAUUCCACCAACAAGCUGAAGGAAAUAUUCUCCGAAGUCGAAAAGGAGCUUUCAUCAAGAAAAGGUACCCCUUUUGAGCACACCAGAUACCCCUUCUCAGCACACCAGACUGAUUUUCCGAGUAGCAAAAUGCUGAGACGAGCCUCAGCUCAGUUUGACAGAAAUGCCGCCUGCUCAGAUAGAAAAUAG